AUGUAUCGCAAUCACUCGAUCGCUGUCUUCAAAGCCAAAAAUGUAUGGCUUUUAGACGAUAAAGGAUUGAACGGUCCGUUCAGUACAUCUCAGUUGUAUCACAAUAUGACGGGUGGUGUGGAGUCUGCGGUCACUUUCUUUAUGCACGACUCGGUCACUGAGUUCAUCGGCACCGGACUCUACUUCAAUGAAACCCAUUUCAUGACUUUUCGCAAUUUCAAGCGCUUUGACAUCGAGUGGGCGUCACUCCUAUACAUACCCCAUAUGGGCCUCAAGAGUGACAUCGGCUCUCUCACCACCAAUAAAACAAUCAGCCAAUGGAUGUCCGGCCCGACCUACUGUCGACAAGACUUGACCGACGCUUCCGGAAAUAUAGUCAAAUUGAGCCGAAAGUGUGUCUGGAAUUCAACCAAAGAGUUCCUCAAAUGUGACAAAUAUAAGCCCUCCUAUAACCCAGUGUCCAAAGGAGACAAUAGUUUGAAAGCAAUGCAAACCACAGCCCGAGUGCCCGCCGGACAGGAUAUGAGAGCCAAAGACUCGCCACAAUCCGGUGCUAAUCAUCUCCCGGUCCUCACAAAUGCCCGUUUCAAUAAGGUUUCAUUGCCUGAACCAGGACCUCAGUCGAGAGGAUAUUUCAUGAUUAGUCGUUUCAAUAAGGUUUCAUUGCCUGAACCAGGACCUCAGUCGAGAGGAUAUUUCAUGAUUAGUUUCCAACAUCAUUCUGCCAUACUGGCACAUAAAUUCGUUUCAUCAUUGAAUGCUAAAUUGAUUGAAUCCAAAAAGUUGCGAGAUACCGCUAUUACCAGUUUGGAGAGUUUGGACACUAACCGUUUAUAUACCGAUAAAUUUGAGGCCAUGUUUGAGGACAAGUUGGCGCGCGAUAGUGUCCGCAAUGUCGGUGUUUUCUAUCGUGAAACUGUAGAUUUUGGCAAAAGUUUGAGCGUGGUGAAGGGCAGUGCAAAAUGCACACUUAUCGACACGCCCGCACCAAAUAUUACGUACCGCACAUUUUUAUUGCCGUUGAUUAAAACAAUCGAUAGGUUACUCAAAAAUGAGCCGGUGGCUGAGAGUGCGGAUGUGGUGACCGACAGAUUAAUAGGUCCGGCGCUCGGUAUUGGAAACGGCCGACCGUUUCCCGACACGGAAGCGGGCGCUAAGAGUUUCUGUUCGGGUGUAUUUCGAUUGACCGAACAAAACGUGUCGAUUCCUCAAAACUAUUACAAUACGUUGGGAGAGAAAACGUUGAAAGCGGUUACUGUUAUCGCCCGACCCGAUGGUUACGAAACACUGCGGGGCUUUUGCGGGUUCGCAGACCCCGUCAAACUGGGCCGUGGAUUAAACAUCAAUCUCAAAGAGGCCAUUACUUUGCGCGAUAACGUGGUCAAUUAUUUGGAUAAUGCUAAUAUUGCUAACACCACUUUGGCUGAUGUGAUUUGGUAG